AUGGGUGUUUUCACGAGCGAAAAGUCCAAAGAGGCCUUCAGCAAUAUUGAUGGCGCUGUAGAGAACGAGAAAUCUACAGAGAAAACUACCGAGCGGCCGCCUUCGUAUAACCAGGCUGAUGAGCUCGCGCUUGCUGUGCCUCAGCUAAACCUCGGAGGAACCGGUACCACCAACGACCCUGUCUCUGCCGAUCAGUGUGUCGCGCACCUGAAGCUCCUGGCCGUCUUGGCAGAUUUGCGUGAUUCUAUCUCAAAUAACGAUGGCCUGUUUGGUCUCUUCGAUUCUGAGGCUGAGCGCUUCCCCGCCUCAUCAAAUGAGGCAAACGUUCGUAUUCGCGAGAAGCGUUGGGCUGUGUAUACAGCGCGCGCAGACCUGGAGAGUCCCGAAUAUGAGACCAUUGUCGAUUCCCCCACGCAGGUCGUGUGGUCUCCGGAUAAUAUGCCCCCGAUUGAUAUUUUGAUGGUAUGGCAUUCUCACAUGCUCAACCCGCGAGAUUUUCUCGAAGAUUGCAUCCGAUAUGGCAGGAUGAGCACCUGGAGGACCGGAUUUCCUUUCGAGGUAAUGAAUAACUGCAUCGACGACCGAACGCUGGAGUACAAGACCCCGGAAUCAAGUCAGCAAACUUUCGAAAAUAAAGUCAAUCUGAAGUGGGACAAUCUUCUCGAUCCGCCCGGCAAGGAACUUGAAUGUCCUCGCUGUAAAAAGCCCAAGACCGUGCUUUGGACAGAAGGGGGGAUUGGGGAAUCACUCCAAGAAGCCUUCAAGGAGAAUACCGGCUACGCCGAUGCCUCGUUUGAAGCGAAGUGCCAACACUGCCAACUUCUCAUCAACCACGAACGACUCAAGGUGGCCAAGUUCUAUCAAGAUACAUUCGAUCUCGUGCAAUUGAAUCAACCUAUGCCGGGAUCGAUUUACAAUCUCGAUGGCAUUCCGGAAGGUCCGAGAAAUUUUCGGAUCCCGCUAUCCUGGACCAACAUGAUCUUCCCAAGUCGACUGCUCAAAUGCAUUGAUCGGGAUAUGCUUGCAUUCACAGACCCCCGUCUAGAUCGGUGCAAGAGCAUCGACGACCUCCGUUCUCACAUGGAGGUCAGGCUUCGCGAUAGAAAGGUUCUCCUAGCAAUAAACGGUCGAGGCCGAAGCCUUCUUAAAGGCGAAAGAAUACACUUCCGACGUAUGAUGGCCCACUACUGGGACAACAGCAGUCCCUUCGCCCUCGACCUAGUCGGCGCCGUGAUUCGUCAAGGAACCUUCGUCCAGAAGAUGGAUAACAUCGACUGGUUGCACUCACCAACCGUCAUGGAGACCAGUGAACGCCUCAUCAAAAAGUACAAGGUCUUCAUGGAUAUCAUGCUUCAGAACCCAUCGAAGAUGGCCGUCCCAACCCUGGACGUUGACCUCGCCUGGCACACCCACCAACUCCAGCCACGACACUACUACAACUACUCCACCAUGGCAACAUACCACGGCCACCGCCAGUUCAUCGACCACGAUGACAAAGUCGACGAGAACAAGCUUUCGGAUGGAUUCGAAUGGACUAGUAAGAUGUACCGCCGUGCCACUGACGGCGGUAUCUACAGCGAAUGCACAUGCUGGUAUUGCGAAGCCACACGCGCACCAGAUAUUUACGACCGUCUGUUCAGCAUCGGCUCUUCAUCGCGCGCACGCAAUAAUGCAGACUCCCUACACGACCGCCCCGAUAUCUCCUCCGAUCCGGAACGAAACCCGCAUAUCUCAGCUCACAACGCCGUUCGUCCGACUACCCGGGCCACUGAAGAUCCCCGCGUGGGCCAUCUCCAGAGAAUCCGUCUUCAUCAGAACUAUGAAAAGGCCGCUCGCCGCGCUGAGAAGCGCGGCCGGACACGCAGUGAUGCUAAGUCCUCCAAGGAUGGCGGGUAUGAGCCGAUGUACUAUGCGCCGUAUGCCUGGGGAUACCCUAUGAUUGUCCCGUAUUACGGCCCAUACAUGUGUGAUCCGGGCAUCAGUGUGCUGGCGGUGUUGGGAACUGCUGCUCUGGGACUUGUGGUGGGGGUGUUGCUGCUGGCUCGUGUGGUGGUAUGGGGUCUGCUGCCUGUGCUGGUGGAACAGGUGGAGGAUGCGGCGGAGGCGGCGGCGGAGGAGGGUGUGGAGGUGGAGGUGGCGGAGGAGGAUGUGGCGGUGGCGGCGGAGGUGGUGGUGGAUGCGGUGGUGGUGGUGGUUGCUGAUCUUCCAGAGGAAUGA